ACGUCAAUUUGUCAUCACUGCACGUUUUGUUUUAUUUUGGAAUAUAAUCCGACUAGAAAGAAAUGCCUUUGAUUAUUUUAACGGGAUUCCCAUCAAGUGGGAAAACGAAACGAUGCAAAGAGUUGGCCGACCAUUUUCGGGAACGUGACAAAACGGUGCAUGUUGUUAGUGAAAAUUUGGCAAUACCAAAAGCUGGUUUUAGAAAAAACGAAUAUUAUGCCGAUUCGCAAAAGGAGAAAGUCAUUCGAGCUGAUUUGAAAUCAGAAACAGUACGGUUACUGACCAAAGAUAAUGUCGUCAUUUUGGAUGGAGCCAAUUACAUCAAAGGCUACCGCUAUGAGCUUUAUUGUGCCAGCAAAGCAGCCCGAUCGACCCAAUGUACUGUAUUCUGUGCUAUUCCACCAGAAACUGCAUGGAAUUUCAAUCAACAACGUAACGCCGAAGACGUCAUUCAGUCUAGCGAGAGUGAUAACUCCACAGUUCCGUAUACACGUGAGAUAUUUGAUGCACUCAUGCUUCGAUACGAAGAACCAAUAGCUAACAAUCGAUGGGACUCACCAUUAUUCACACUGUUGCCCGAAUCACAAAUACCAUUCGAAGAUAUUUAUGCCGCUUUAUACGAUCGUAAACCACCACCACCAAAUCUUGCAACACAAAAUGCACCAUUGACCUCAACGAAUUAUCUGUACGAAAUGGAUAAGCUGACGCAAGAAAUAACAAACACUGUGAUAUCAGCGCGAAAAAUUGGCAUCAUGGGACCCGUGCAAAUUCGUGACAAUUUACAUGUUAAAAUACCAGCCACGAUAAAUGCCAGCCAAUUGAAUAAGUUGCGACGUCAAUUUCUCAACUACAACAAAAUGCAUUCGGCCGGUGGUCAUAAUUUGGAUAAAGCACCCGAUCUAUUUGUACAAUUUUUGAAUGCAAAUUUUUGAAAAAGUAAAAAACAAAAUCCUACAUAUUAAAACAAUUUAAAUG